UUGAUAAAAAAACACGAAAACAACUAAAUAAUAAAGUUAGAUUGUAACAAUCUGAUAAAAUUAAUCAUGCUCCAUGUUGUUUGAUCGAUUCAGUUUUGUGGGAAAGAGUGUCGAAUCUCGAAGGCUGUUGUCUGUUCUUUUAAAUUGAUCUGCACACGUGCAUUGGUCAUUUAGGAGAAUGCUUUUGUCGUCGUUCAAGCUGCUUUUUGUCCCGUCAUUUCUUUGUGAAACGAUGGGUUUGUCGGCAUGGGAAUUGCAAUGGUGUAACAAAUGGUUUUGUGUGGGAAACAAAAUUUCUACAGACCCGCAGCCCCAGAUUUAGGGUUUAAUGGUGCAGUCGAACGGAGGGGCAAAGAACAAGUUAUAAGGCAUUAGGGUCGGAGAGAAUUGACUCAAGUUUAAAAUCUUGGCCGCCAGAACACCAAUCGGUUAUUGGGGAGGAUGAUAAAAUCUGUAAAAAGUACAUACAUAUUGGCCUGCCCUUCUGCCUGUCAGGAACUUGGGUUUCUCUGUUUGGAUAAAAAUCUACAACGUCGGAUUGUAAUCCGUCGAGGUUGAUUCCUACUAGGUAAAGGAAGGCCAGCAGAUUGAGAUAUAAAAUCAAUAGUUCUUAUGCUGUGGGUUUCUCUUGGGUGUCACUUGAUUAUUCAAUCUCUCUUAGUAUCUAUAGAAAGCUUCAGAUGAGCUAAUCUUAAUGGCCAAGCAACUCUAUUGGGGUUGUCUUCAAGGAUAUCAAAUAUAAUUAGAGAGGAUGUCUAAAGAGCCAUGUUGUGGUAUCAAUAGUUAAAAGAUCUUUGUGGACAACACAAAAUCUUUCAUCAACAAAUUUUGGCUUAUCAGUUCUAACAGUCUAUUGAAGUGGUUGGUGUUUGUUAAAUAUGACGGAUUUAUUGCCUCCAAGUACUGCUGAUUCUAGUAGCUCCGAGUCUCUUGAUCUUCAAGGCAUUCCAGGGUUUAGAUUUCUGCCUCAUCUUCAGCCUUCCUCCGAUAUCAACAUCAACAACAAUAGAAAACGUCGUCCUGCAGGAACACCUGAUCCGGAUGCAGAGGUGGUGGCAUUGUCCCCCAAAACUUUAAUGGAAUCAGACAAAUUUGUUUGUGAGAUAUGCAACCAGGGCUUCCAGAGAGAUCAAAAUCUGCAGAUGCACAGACGCAGCCACAAGGUUCCAUGGAAACUUCUGAAAAAGAGUACUUCUGAAGCUCGCAAGCGUGUGUACGUGUGCCCUCACCCAACAUGCCUACACAACGAUCCUUGUCAUGCUCUUGGAGAUCUGGUUGGUAUCAAGAAACACUUUCUGAGAAAACACAGCAUUGAGAAGCAAUGGAAGUGUGAAAAGUGCUCCAAGGGAUAUGCGGUUCAGUCUGACUAUAAAGCUCACCUCAAGACUUGUGGAACCAGAGGGCAUCUAUGUGAUUGUGGUAGAGUUUUCUCAAGAGUGGAGAGCUUCAUUUCACAUCAAGAUCAUUGUGAGGCAGCCAAAAAGAGAGCAAGUUUUGGAUGUAUCGAUCCUCCAAGCCUUCUUGCCUUAAAAGCAAGAACAAGAAUUUGCAAUGAAACUCUGAACUCAUCUGGUUUUUCAUCUAUAGGUAAACAUUUUUAUUCUAAUAAAUUGGAUGAGCAUCAAGAUAUGGUUAAUAUGGCUAAUAUGGAGAAGAGAGAACUUCAAUUUGUUUCUCCUGGAUUCCAAUCCUACGAGUCAGAAGCAACAGUGACAAGGGUUAGGAAUGGACACAUUGGUGGAAUAAUAAAAGAUUAUAUAAGAAUACCUAGAACUGAGCCGAGGUCGAAGCAGAAACAAGAUAUAGCCUUGGAAACCACAUAUGGUAAUAUUACCUCCCCAACUGUUGAAGAAGAAGACAUGCCCCAAAAUGGUGCUUGGUUGCAGCUCUCCAUUGGGCCCUGCAUGGCUAUUAAAAGAAGCCACAAUUAAAAGCAGUAAGCCUGAUAGGAACAGAAAGCAAUGGUACUGGAAAUCAUGAGAAAUGUUUGAAGAAACAUGAGUAAAAAAUGAGCAUGAUAUUCAAAUUUCAAGAAACUUGUGUCUGUAUCUCAAAAGGGAGAGUGGAGAGUGGGCAUGAUGCUUCCAUUAGUACUGCUGAACGUGAACAGCUAGUGCUCCCAUUAAUUGGUAUUGUAAUUUUAUGUCAUGAUAAAUGUAUAGGUGGUUGAAUUUCUCCUUAAAGUAGGAAUUAGUCCAUUGUUAACAACAAUCAUGAGGUACAAUUAUGCAGAAACUAACUCAUUUCAUUCAACCUGUCUAUCUACAUUUCAGUAGCCACUGGUCUACAUAUGUAUAUUUUCAACCAUUUUUUUCACUUUUCUUUCAAUUGAAAUCAAAUUCACAA